AUGCCUCAGUUCCGAGCCAAGAAGCUCGAUCUAGGUGGUUUCGUCAAUGCUCGUAUCAUCAGAGAUCAUACGCGAAGGAAGGUCUACGAGCGAUUUGAGGAAGAGAGACAGGCCCUCAGAUAUGUAAUCCGAAACACGACGUUACCUCAGGCUAUGCGAACGAAGGCUCAACUCGAACUGGCGAAUAUGCAUGCUUAUACACGACCUACCCAGAUCCAGAACAGAUGCGUGAUGGGAGGUACUGCAAGAAGUGUGUUCAGAGCUUUCAGGAUGGGGAGAUUUCAAUUUCGAAUGAAUGCGCUGGCGGGAGAUUUGCCUGGAGUGAAGAAAGCCAGCUGGUAG